UCCUGGGUAUGAUGGCUGGGAGGGAACAAGGUGCCUGGAGGCUGACUCUGCUGCCAUGGGGCUUCUUGUCCUUUUUUUCCACCAUUCUAAAGUUUCCUGUUUGAUUUGGUCACUGGAGUUAACUCAUCUCAGUACAGCCCAGACCUGCCCCAGCUAUUCAGGGCUCCCUAAUUGGGUGCUGAUUGCCUGUGUGUGCAGCAGCAGCUGAGCAAGGGCUGUGUUCAUCAAAUAACCCAGGAGUUACACCUUUGCUUAAGGAGCAGGAGCUUUUGCUGUGACACCUCUUGCUCACAGGUGUAUUUAUAGACCCAGCCAAGCUCUGGAUUAUUUCCGGGCUGUGCUGCUGCAGCCAGGGCUGAUUACACAGAUACUGCCAGGGUCCCUUGUCCCAGUUUGUGUUUAUGAACAGCAGGCUCUGCUUGCAGAGCAAAAGGGCCAAUGCAGUGGUUGCACAUAAGCAGGCACAGUGAAUUUUCCCUGGCCCCAGUUGUGCUUUUCCUGUAGGAACACAUCUGCAGGUGCCCUGUAUGGAAGGAGCAGAGGCUCUGGGCACGGUGGAGGGCUGCUGGGAUAGAACACUGUGCAAGCAGCUAGGCUGGCUUGGUAAGGCUCGGCUUAGUCACUUCCUUUGGGGAGUGGGGAGGAUGCAGCUCCUGUGUGGGAGCCCCACCUGAGCCUCCUGGUGCUGGAGAGAAAUGGUGAGGAGCUCUCUGCUCACCAGCAAUGGUCCUCGUGGGCUGCUGGGUCACAGACAGGGCGCUGACCACGGCCUUUGCUUUGUCCGAGAAGAGCCGGGAAGGGCUGAGAGCUGCUGCAGGAGAUGAAGCCGCGCCCAGCAAAGCCUGGGGCACAAACCAUUCUAGGGCUGUUCCCAGCCCACAGCUGCUCCUGGAACCCCUCGCAGCAGUCACUGGGAGAGCCUCAGCCUACUUUCAGCACCUCCCCACGCUGCUGGGGAUCCUGGCUCGGGAGAAAAUCGCCAUCGAUGUGAUCCCGUGGUGUCCUUUAUCACGGGCUGUCCGUCGGCUUCGAGAGGAUCCCCUGCGUGCCUGACGCGCCGUGUCUGUGGCUUGUCCCUCGGAUUCCCCGGCUCGGCGAGUCCUUACUCAUCCCCUCGUUUGGAGGAGGGAUUUCACGAGCCCCUGGCCGAGCCCCGUGAGGAUAUUUCUGGGCUGAUGGAGCAGCAGAGCGGGAGCUGUGGAUGACAGGGGCUGCCAGAGGCGUGCCCGAGCGGGGCUGGCUGCUCCCCUCCUGCAGCAGAGCCCAGAGGCACCUGUACAACACCGAGGCGUGUCAGGAAACCUGAUGCCUCACCUCUGCCAAUGUGGAGGCGGAGGGAGGAGGGCCCAAAGACAUGUCCCUUCACGCUCGCAACAGCUGAAAACAGAGAAGGAAACUCGCUAGAGCCUUUUCCACCAGCGCAGGAAGCGUCCCUGUCCCGCUCUCACUCCAGAAGCCCUCCCGUACUCCACUACUCUGGGGGGGUGGCUGUCCCACACCCGCCGGGCGAUGAACAUCGCAAGGAGAAGAGGCUUUUACAGACAGGAGGUGAACAACACGCUCUGGGAGCUGCCCAGGAGAUACACAUCCCUGCACCCGCUGGGCUCCGGGGCCUACGGCUCCGUCUGUUCAGCCAUAGACAAGAAGACAGGGGAGAAAGUGGCCAUCAAGAAGCUGUGCCGCCCAUUCCAGUCAGAGAUCUUUGCCAAGAGAGCCUACAGAGAGCUGAUGCUGCUGAAGCACAUGCAGCAUGACAAUGUCAUUGGGCUGCUUGAUGUCUUCACCUCCACUGCCUCCUACCAGGGGUUCCAGGACUUCUACCUGGUGAUGCCAUACAUGCGGACAGAUUUACAAAAGAUCAUGGGACAUGAAUUCAGUGAUGAAAAGAUCCAGUACCUGGUCUACCAAAUGCUGAAAGGGCUGAAGUAUAUUCAUUCAGCUGGCAUCGUCCACAGGGACCUGAAGCCAAGUAACCUGGCUGUGAAUGAAGACUGCCAGCUGAAGAUUCUGGAUUUUGGCCUGGCCAGGCAGGCUGAUGCUGAGAUGACUGGCUACGUGGUCACACGGUGGUACAGAGCCCCAGAGGUCAUCCUGAACUGGAUGCAUUACAACCAGACAGUGGAUAUCUGGUCUAUUGGCUGUAUCAUGGCAGAAAUGCUGACUGGGAAAACACUCUUUAAAGGAAAAGACUACCUGGAUCAACUGACCCAGAUCCUGAAAGUAACGGGGCAUCCAGGAGAGGACUUCUUGGAGAAGCUGGAGGACAAAGCGGCGAAGAGUUAUAUCAAGUCCCUUCCUAAAAUCCCCAAGAAGGAUUUGUCUGUGCUUUUCCCUAAAGCCAAUCCUCAGGCUGUGGACCUGCUUGACAAGAUGCUGCAGCUGGAUGUGGAAAAGCGCCUUACAGCAACAGAGGCCUUGGCUCACCCCUACUUCGACCAGUUCCGAGAUAUCGAGGAGGAGACAGAGGCACAACACUCCUAUGAUGAGUCUCUGGAACAUGAAAAGCUUUCCAUAGAGGAGUGGAAAAAGCACAUUUACAAGGAGAUCUUGACCUUCAGUCCCAUUGCACGGAAGGACUCAAAGAAGAGAAGUGGGAUGUCAUUAUAGCGACGGGUGCAGCUGUGGCUGGGACUCACUUCUCCCUGCUGACAUCAGAUUCAUUCCACACUGUGCUGCUGGUGGCCAACUUUUGGCCUGUGGGACCUCUCUCUAUAUGCCAACACAAGGAUGACAUCGUGCUGUGGGCAUUGGACUUUGUUCUUCUAAAGGGGAAGCACCCCAGACAGUUUUUGACAUAAAAGACAAAUAUAUUCUUGUUGAAACUUUAA